CUAGAGAUGUUCAGGCAUUAGCACAGCGAGGAAGGCUGGAGCCCUCUUUAGCGUUUCCAACACUUCAUAAAUUUCAGAGAGAUUUAGGGCAAGGAGCCAGAUGUUCAGGGAGAAAUUCUGAACACUAAAAGACAAGUGGAAAUAUUUUUUUUUUUUUGGUAGUGUGUAUUUUUUCCCAUUAGUUGCAAGGCUAUAUUUAGAAGAGGGGGGGGAGACAGAGAGCGCACAAGAGAGAUUAGGCAUUUCUUCAUGUUCUGUAGUCACUCCAGUUGUUCUGCUUGUAGGAACAGAUGUCUCUUUCCUGGGGUGAUAGCAGUCAGGUCCACGAGGAAAUUUUCUUACCAGCAGCUCCUCUAACGUAGAAGGGAGAUCGGGCCAGAGCUUGCUGAGAAGGCAAUGACCAUGCCGACCUCCUCCACCCAACUGCCAGCUCUUGGCCAUAUCAAUGCCACCCAGCAACCCAACUCCAGCAUCUACUUGUUCUCCAUGUUCAUCCACCCUGACAAAGACCUGUACAGAGAAUUUUACAGCCUAUCGAUUGCCCUGAUGGUGGUCAAUGCCAUCAUUUUCCUGGUGGGUGUCGUGCUGAACAGCUUGGCACUGUAUGUAUUCUGCUUCCGUACCAAGACAAAAACCACCUCUGUUAUUUACACCAUCAACUUGAUUGUUACUGAUCUCUUGGUGGGCUUCUCCUUGCCCGUCCGGCUCAUCAUGUUCUACAGUGCAGGGGACUGCCUGCAUUGUUCUUUGGUUCAUAUCUUUGGCUACUUUGUCAACAUGUACUGUAGCAUACUCUUCUUGACCUGCAUCUGUGUUGACCGCUACCUGGCGAUCGUACAGGUGGAGGCCUCACGUAAAUGGAGGAACCCCACCUGUGCCAAGGGGAUCUGUGUCUUCAUCUGGAUCUUUGCUACCGUAGUGACUUUCUCCAUCCUCACCACGGCAAUACAGUUUGCCCAGUGCUGCCUCUCCAAGAUUCUGGUCCUGAUGGUCUGUGAGUACUUCUUCCCCCUCAUCAUAAUCAUCUUCUUCACUGCCAGGAUUAUGUGUGCUCUCUCCAAGCCCAGCCUCAUGCACCAGAGCCGGGAGAGGAGAAUGAGGGCUGUGCAACUCCUUAUCACUGUCCUCAUUAUCUUCAUGAUCUGUUUCACUCCUUUCCAUGUGCGACAGGUAGCCAUCUCCAUCAACUCCAACAUGUCCCAUAAAGUCAGCCUCCUCGUCUACCACGUGACGGUGACUCUGAGCAGCCUCAACAGCUGCAUGGACCCUAUUGUCUACUGCUUUGUCACCAACAACUUCCAGUCAACCAUGAAAAACAUCUUCAGGAAAACCGAGCCAGAGCAAGCCAACGUGGACAUUCUGGCCACAAACAAGAACUCCAAGGGUUCCAACGCAAUCAUCGCAUUCUCCAACACAAUAGGAAGCCCUGUGAGCUUGCCGUCACCAAGCAGUGUCCAGAUCUAACCUACUUCCAAGGGGACUUGCUGCAGGAAGCCGGCGUAAUGAUGCUGGAACAUUGCUAGGGUGCAUUGUACCAUUGCCUGACAUCUUUUUUUAGGGUGAGGUUCAGAAUGACCGUGGCGGAAUUUAUUCCUCAGAAACAUUGUGGUCUGUUUGCAAAAUAGAACUUGCAGUGUGGUUAGUACCAAUACAAAAGAGAGAUUAUUAAUUACUGUUCCCAACAGGAAUGUUUUCUUUGUAUUUUAAUACAGACAUUUUGCUAGCAACG